CUGCAGACAUAUACAGAAGAUCCAGCUAUUUUUAGAAAGUUCUUGUUGCCCUCAACACUUGCUGAAAGUGUGCCUAAGACGUCUCGACUUCCUGAGUUUUAUGAUGAGUUAGAGAAUGAUAAUUCGAGUUCUUGUACUGCAAGAUUGAUUUUGCAUCAAUUGCGAUGGUUAGACUACAUUGCGCAGCCUGAAGAGUUAACGGGAAAACUGAUUGAGCCUAUUGUAGUAUACCUCAAAGAACUCAUGAAUGAGAAUUCAGAACUUACUGUGCCUAUUCUUGACGCAUUAUCCAACUUGACAUUGCAUUCUGAAAGCUUAGAAGAUGUCCGAGACACAGUACUUGAUAGACUUGAAUCAGCAGAAUUAGAUGACUUAGCAACCAUUGUUAAAUUUUUGCUUCAGACAGCGACAACGAAUACAAUUGACCUUGUUAUAUUGGGUAUUCGGCAAAAACUAGACUUUAGGUCACUUGGUAGAAUACAACAACAACAGAAAAAGAAACAGAAAUAUGCUGCCGAAGCUUUGAUAUUAGAAUCUAUCAAACUAGGCUUACAGUUUCAUAAAUUUGUUUGUGAUGCCUGGUUGAGAUCUAUUGUUGCACUAGAAGAACAGAGAGAACACAAAGUGAUUGAUUUUUUAGUGUUAAUCAUUCUGUAUUCAAUGACUCCAUUGAAGAAAAGAGUAGAGACAAUCAUUCGAAAAAAAAUUAUUCAAGGCAGCAUUGCUGCUUCCUUGAUUCAAGAAACAAUCAUGCAACAUGCUGAAGGUUUAGCAGGUUAUUGGAGUGUUCUUCUUUCAUUAUCAGAAAGCUUAUUGCGUUCUUGUCAACAAAACAAUGUGAUUUCUCCUUGUGCUAGCACUUUGUAUAUCACUUGCUUCAAGUCGACAGAUGUCUAUUAUAGACAAGAAAUUGUUGGUGCUCUAGUGACACAUAUUGGCAGUGGUGUUGAAGCAGAAAUGAAUGUUGCAUUGAAUGUGCUAUUACAGCUUGUCAAGACAAAUGUCUCUCAAGUGGCAGUCUAUAGUGUUUUUGUGAAGGGUAUUUUGGACUACUUGGAUAAUCUCAAUGUCUAUCAGAUCCGCACCUUGUUUGACAUCUUUAGUCUUUUGGCCUUGACA